CGCAGAAGCCCGUGUGUUUUGUGUGCAUGGAGCAGUGAAACAGUAAACCUGGAUUUGUAUGCAGGGCGCUUUGCUGGGGUCCCACACAGCCAUGGUUACAUCUUGGCACUCAACACUCCAACUCCUUUAACUUCAGCUCAAAGUGCGCCACAUGAACCUGGCGCACUCUACACACACACACACACACACAGCCGGGCGCAGGUGCCUUGGUAACCCGGACAGUCCAUCUGAUUUCUCCUUUGCAUGCACCAUUCUUGGUCAUUCCAGCCAGAGCUAAUUAUUGUGUGGAGCGAGUCCCCCGCGCCUCUCAGAUCGCAUAGCACUGCAGCUGCCGCCGCACGGCGCACCAACUGCAGCGGCUAUAAUAGGAAGGAGAGGCUUCCAGUACACAGAUUCGCCAUGGGGAUCAAGGCUGCCCUCCCCAGAUAUGAGCUGUAUCUCUACACAGCCGUACUCGGCCUGGCCUUGAUAUGGGCAGGCAGUUGGAUAUUUGAAGCUUCGAGUGACCAUGUAAACAGAAAGGCCUUCAAGGAAAGUGUAAAACCAGGAUGGCAUUACUUUGGCAGGAAAAUGGAUGUUGCGGACUUCGAAUGGGCCAUGUGGUUCUCUACAUUCCGCAAUCAUAUCCUUUUUGCUCUCACCGGUCAUGUCAUCUUUGCCAAGAUUUUUACCAUUGUAGCGCCAAAGAUUGGUAUAGAUGGAUGUAAGCACAGAUCCUUGAUCUUUGGUGUAUAUGGGGUGGCCGUCUUGGUCACGAUGGGCUGGACCUACAUGGCGUUGCUUCUGUCUCACUGCAUCAUCCUCUAUAGCGUCGCUCUGGUGAAAAAGAAGUGGUUGUGCUUCGCGGCAGGCCUGGGUACACUCGCCUCCAUCAAGCUGGAGCCCUAUAACUCCUGGCAGGAAGCCUUAGUGACGGGUUCCUUUGACCUCCAAGACAUCUUGUUCUAUGGAGGAUGUGGCUUCACCAUCAUGCGCUGCAUGAGUUUCGGUCUGGAAAACUGUGAGAAGAAGGACGGCAACUACACGUUUUCUGACCUGCUGAGAUACAAUUUCUACCUCCCGUUCUUCUUCUUUGGACCUAUCAUGACCUUCGAUCUAUAUCAUGCACAGGCGAACAACACUCAGCUGACCCGUAGGGAGAGAGAGAUGUGGAACAUCACCACCAAAGCCUUGUUGCAUCUGGGCAUCAUUCUCAUCGUGGAUGUCUUCUUCCACUAUCUCUACAUCUUGACAAUCCCAACCGACAUGAAGCUGGUAACCAAGCUCUCCGACUGGUGUCUCGCUGGACUGGCCUAUUCCAACCUGGUGUAUGACUGGGUGAAAGCUGCUGUGAUGUUCGGGGUCAUCAACACCGUGGCCACGCUGGACCACCUGGACCCUCCUCAGCCUCCCAAAUGCAUCACCAUGCUCUACGUCUUUGCUGAGACGCACUUCGACAGAGGCAUCAAUGACUGGCUGUGCAAGUAUGUGUACGACUACAUCGGUGAGGAUCACACCAAAAUCUUCAGAGAACUUCUGGCAACCAUCUGCACUUUCGCCGUCACCACCUUGUGGCUGGGCCCAUGCGACUUGGUUUAUCUCUGGUCCUUUUUCAACUGCUUCGGCCUCAACUUUGAGCUGUGGGUGGCCAAGCUCUUCUCCCUCCCACCGUUUUCCACCAUAGAGGGAGCGAUGGGUGAAGCCAUGUCACGCAGGAUCCGUGGCGUGUUCAACGCUGCCAACUUCUGGGCCAUUGUCCUCUACAAUGUUCUCUCCCUGAACAGCUUGGAGUUUGCCAAGAUGGUGGCCAGGAGACUGAUUGUCAAAGGUUUCCCGCUGUCCACCCUCUCUGUGUUGCUUGUGACCUACUGCGGCGUGCAGCUGGUGAAGGAGAGGGAGCGGCAGCAGGCCCUCCUGCAGGAGCCUGAGCCCGUGAAGCCAGUCGACGACGGAAAGGAGAAAGCGGAAUAACGAGGCAGAAAAACCCGAGUUUCACAGAGAUCACGUUCAGCAGGCCCACACAUGGUUCCAUCCUCGGCCUUGAGAACCGUAACAGAACCGGACCGAAACAGCCGGUCAGCUCAUAUCGUGUUCACGGAGGCGAAGCAAUGUAUUGAACUGUGAAAUGUCCUUAAGUGCACUUGCUGUAGAUAAUCGCCACGUGGUUUGGCACAAACUCACCGAUGGUGCAUUUUUGUAUUUGUCCAAACAUCUGAAGAAAAGAUUGUUUACCAUAUAAUUCGCCUGCCAACCGAAUGAUGACACAAAACCACAGUAUCUAUAGGAAUUCACAUUAUUGUUCAAGUACCAAAACUUUGUUUGAAGUGCUUGUAUCCUUGUUCACUUUUUGAUUUUCUCAAAUCAGGACAUUCUUUAUUGUUUUUAUUUUUUUUUAAUUUAGUUUUAGUAAAACUGUCUUAAGUUUACCAACAAUAGUCAAUCUUCACAAUUUCUGAUCAUAUGGAAAGCGUUACUGAUGCCGGGGAACUACAGAUGGAGUGCAAUAAAGAAAACACACAGGGUGCUGUGGAGAUGCUCCACAUAGCUUGCAGCUGAUUCUCAUGUUCUGAAGUUGCUGUACUGUCACAAAGCUAAACAAUGUAUGUGAUCGCUGAGAAUGUCGAAUUAUCUGA